CCCACAUCUCUUCUUGCCUCCUUCCUCCUAUCUCAAAGCACGCUCUGCAAAACAAAAGAUCAGUAUGGUUAUAGUAGUUGGCACCGGUGGCGGCGCAGCGGCUGUUGCUGGGGUCGUUGCCCCUAAAGCUGCUGCAGUCACUGCUGCCCUCGUUUCCGAAGGCGCUCUCGCUGUUGGCAGCGCGGCCGGCAGCGUCGCCGUUGCUGAGGGUGCACUUACGACAGCUAUCGUCGCCGAAAGCGCUGUGACUGCUUUGACGGGGUUGACUGCUACCCAGUUUUGGAAUCCAGUGGGAUGGGCCAUUGGAGGCGUACUUGUUGGUGCCAGUCAACAAGCUUCGCAGGCUGUGACUUGGGGCUGCUACAAGCCUAUUAUUGGCGAGGUUGAUACCAAAGAAACAUCGAUCAAGCCAACAACGCUCGCAAAUCUAGCAGCGCAUCCAGAGGUUCGACAGGUGUUUGUCUAUGCAAGCGCUGUAUCUGCCAACCUCCCCAACGUUGAAAUCAGAAACAGAGCCGGAGAAUACUACUUGCUACGUGGCGUUGUUCUUCCAUGGGGUUCAGCUGCAUAUCAUGCGGAGCGAAUCGAUGAAUCGAUCUACACCAUCUCUUCAUCGGCGACUUGACGGGGGUCUGCGAUUACCGGUGGAUGGAAAGAGAAGUCUCGAGAUUGUCUUAUUUAGAGUCUUAUUAUGAUUGCGAAGGAGGGUUUUUUUCGCAAGGAAUGUCUAGGCGGUACUGGAGAUAUUCUGUUGGAGCCUCUCUUUAUGUAUGCUGCUCACUUUGUCAUUUUUCUGGCCCAUGUUCGACCAUGUCAGCUGCUGUCUACGGUGAUGAGGUCAAUAUGUAACGUUAGGCUCGAAAUGCGAGACAUCGAUUCAAGGUGCACGCGGAGGAACUUCGGACGACAGUGUCACAUGCCUACUAGUUAGUUAUCUGUCUAGUUAUGCUUACAAAGCUUUCAGCCACACCUUAGUUCA